AUGCCCAUCCAAACUGACAGAGAGAUCAAAGCGAACAGACCAGACAUCAUCAUUAAACACAAGACAAAGAAAGAGUGCAUCCUUAUAGACAUGGCCAUACCAUCUGAACACAACACCUCUGUCAAGGUUACGGAAAAGUUAUCAAAGUACAAGGACCUUGAGAUUGAAAUAAAUAGGAUGUGGGGAACAAAGACCACAACAAUACCAGUAGUCAUUGGAGCUUUGGGACUUGUGAAGAAAGGACUGGAGAAAUACACCGACAAAAUCCCAGGAAACAUCAACAUACAAGAAGUCCAGAAGAUAGCCCUCCUAGGAACAGCACACAUAAUACGGAGGGUGCUAUCAAUCAAGUAG